AUCAUAAAAUAAAAAAUAAGAAAAAAAUAAAAAAAUAUAUUAAAUGGGUUGUUGUUAAUCAAAUCCCAGUCAAGAUAUUCCUCAUUAUAACGGUACAUAAACAUAGGAUUAUGAUGGGGGAGCAUCAUUAAUUAAAAAAGAACAAAAUAUACAUAUUCAUUCUGAAAAUCAAGAUUAAAUAUAUCAAAAAAAUUUAGACCAAUAAAAUAAUAAUAUCACAAAAGACGAAGUAAAAAAUAAGGAUAAUAAUAUCCAUAAACCCAAUUCUGUUUUUGCCUAACCAAUAGACCACGAGCCAGAUUAUACAAAUAGUUAAACAAAAUUAACUUUACAAAAAUUAGGUUCUUUUGUAUAUAAUGAAAGUUAAUAUGAUGAUAAUGAAGCUGUAGAUUUAGGUUCUUAUUAAUUAGAAAAUGGCUCAAUAUAUAUUGGAUAAUGGAAGAAUGGAAUGAGACAUGGAAGAGGUAAAUAAUUAUGGAAAGAUGGAUCUAUAUAUGAAGGUUAUUGGAGAAAUAAUAUGGCUCAUGGAAAGGGAAGACUUAUUCAUUCAGAUGCUGAUGUUUAUUUAGGUGAAUGGUAAAAAGAUAAAGCACAUGGAAAUGGCACUUAUACACAUUCUGAUGGUGCUAAAUAUAUUGGAUAAUGGUAUGAUGAUAAACAGGAAGGAAUUGGCACAGAAAUAUGGCCUGAUGGUGCAAAAUAUGAAGGAUAAUAUGUUUAAGGUAAAAAAUAAGGAAAAGGUAAAUUCUAUUGGACUGAUGGAUCUUAAUACGAAGGUGAAUUUGCUAAUAAUAAUAUACAUGGAUAUGGAAUUUAUACAUGGUCAGAUGGUAGAAAUUAUAGAGGUGAAUGGAAAAAUAAUAAAAUGGAUGGAUAGGGAGAAUUUAGAUGGCCAGAUGAAAGAAAAUAUAUAGGAAGUUAUAUAGAAGAUAAAAAAUAAGGAUAUGGUGAAUUUGAAUGGCCUGAUGGUAGAGUUUAUAAAGGAUAAUGGUUAAAUGGAAAAUAACAUGGAUAAGGAGAAUAUAUAAACGCAUAAGGGAAAGAAAGAAAAGGAGAAUGGGCAGAUGGAAAAAGAAUAAAGUGGAAUGAUGAAGAAGGAUUAUGAGAAAAAAAUAUAAAACAUUU